AUGAACAGUUGCAGAAGAAAGCGAAGCGAAGAAAAAAAUAUUGUCAACGUAAUUAAACAUAGGAAAAUCGAUGUAAACCAAGAAUCAUCAUCACCAACUAAAUCUACAAUCACCAAAAUUGUUGCUUCAACCUGGAAGGUUCUAUAUGAAAAGAGAGUUGGGUUAAUAAAUAGUUUGAGAAAGUUUGAAUUGGAAAAGGAUCUUAUUAAUAUAAAUGAAACUUUAGAAUUUCAGAAAAAUAUAUUGACAAAUAUUAUUCAAUAUUUGGAAAAUUUUAAACCAAAUUAUGUCGAGUUUGUGUCAUCAUUGUCUAAAACCAUAACAGCAAUGCCAAUAAUUAAUAUAUUAACAGUAGAUUUGGCUGAAUUGACAAAAGAAAUAGAUGAUUGUCUAAAUGUAGCAUCUGAAUUAUUAUCACCACAAACUUCAAAUAUGUCAGAAUCAUCAUUAUUGGUACAAAAUAUUGCUGACACUAUUCAAAAUCUAUGUAAUGAUAUCAAAAAAGAGUUUCAAGAAUUGACAGAAUGUAACAAUUUAUUACGGGAUCUUUAUGAUGCAGAAAUUAAUGAGAGCAGUUUGAGAAUACGGAAAUUGAAUUUACUUGAAACUGCAAAUUCUUAA